ACAGCAGUGCCAGUCGCCAGUGCCUUUCUCUGUGUAUUGCUUUAGCUCUUCUGAUGCCGUAGAACCGUGACCUGGGUGGCGUGCGCAACUUUCCCUUUGGACAUUUUGGAUCCAGCCCAUUAUCUACCUCCUCAUCCAGCUUUCCUUUUACACCAACCAUUUCGCGCCGUAGAAAUUUGAAAAUCUACUUCAGUCAUUCACUCCCAUCAUGGCUGAUGAACCGAGACGCUCUGGUCGCUCGACCAAGGGCCAGCACAAGAACCUCGACAUGAUCACCGAGACGCCGGCGAAGAAGACGAAAGCCAAAGCUCAACCGAAGGAGAAACCCGCGAAGCCGUCCGUGGAGCCGACACCUGCUCCUAGCGAAGAGGAAGAGAUUAUCCGAUGUAUCUGCGGCGAAUACGAAGAGGAGGAGGAUAUUGAACGUGACAUGAUCUGCUGUGAUCGAUGCUCUGCAUGGCAACACAACGACUGUAUGGGCCUCACGUUCGCUAAGGGAGAAGAGCCCGAUGAAUACUUUUGCGAGCAGUGCAAGCCCGAGAACCAUCCGGUCCUCUUGGAGAAGAUCUCGCGGGGCGAAAAGCCGUGGGAAGAAGCGGCCGAACGGCGACGCAUAGAAGCGGAGGAGAAGAAGGCCUCGCGGCGCAAGAAGGGGAAGAAGGGCGGCCGACGAGGUCGACAAAGUGAGGUCAAGGUUGAAACGAGUACUCCAGCUCGCGCAGCACCCUCGACAACACCUGCCCCUACUCCUACCCCAGCUCCCUUGGCUGCGCCUGCGCCUGCUCCUGCUGCUCCUCCGCCUCCGCCUCCUGCUUCUGCUCCUACUCCUUCUCCUGCUGCCGAAGCCCCUGCUACCGAAGCUCCGGCUGCUGCGCCUGCUAAGGAACCAUCUCCUGCUAAGGCGCCAACUCCUGCUAAGGCGCCAACUCCCGCCAAGGAGCCAACUCCCGAGAAAAAUGGACAUACUCCUGAGGCUCCACCAGCAAGCGCCCAGAAACGCAAGUUCGAGGAGCAUCAAGAAGCUCCAACCGCGGAAGCUGAACCAAAACCCAAGCAGCAGAAGAUCUCACCCCCAGCCGCCACCCCAACACCUCCCCCCGAACCGGCUCCAGUGAAGGAUGAGCCCGCCGGGCAGUCUUCUCGACAUGGCUCCACUGCAUCGCCAUCGCCGACCACCGCAGAAGUGACGAAGUCCUUGGAAGAACCCACUAACCCGGCUCGAAGAAGUGCUGCUAGUGCCCUGGUCAAGUUAUUUGUAGAUCAGAUUUCUGAGUCCCAGAAGAAAGGAUCUUUCAGCUUGCCCAAAGGGAAACCCGUGGAGGAAGUUGCGCGGCAGCUUGGACUCUCGAUUGAGAGUGCUAUGUACCAGAAUAUAUGCGGAGGAUCUGGAGAGCCUACAGACCCGUAUAAGACACAAUUGCGGACGAUCCUGUUCAACGUAAAGAAGAACCCUUCUCUACGGGAUCGUCUGCUCGUAGGUAGUUUACUUCCCGAUGCCCUCUCUAAGAUGAGCAGCCAAGACAUGGCCAGUGAGGAGCUCCAGCAGAAGGAUGCUGAGAUCAAGCGGGAAGCCGAGCGUCAACACAUUAUCAUCCAAGAACAAGGGCCGCGCAUUAGACGCACCCAUAAGGGUGAAGAACUGGUCGAAGACGAAAACCAUACCGCCGCCAGCGAGCCGGUCUUCUCCACGGCCGCAUCUCGACGCAGCUUGGCCGAGGCCGACGGCAGUCCUGCCGGACAGAGUCCGACCAGUCCGACGCCACAGACGACUGAGACCGAUGGCGCUGCACAGAAGCAUUCCAAUGAGUCCAAGCUCCCCGAUGGGGUGGACAUUCGUCGCGAUGACUUCCCUCCGAGAGCACAUUCGCCUGGUGGCACCAGCCACGAGCCUGUCUUCCCUGAAGUGUCGGCUCAUAUCCGCGAACAGCUACCAGCACGCAAGGCACAGGCCGAUGCAGAGAUUGAUAAGUUGCUCAAGGACGAUGAACCCGAAUCGCCGCCCUACUCACCCAAGGAAUACCACGACGAAGGAUCGAUCUGGCAUGGCAAGGUGAUGAUGAGUACCAUCGCCGAGUUCUCCUCCUCGGCGAAGCACGCAGGAGGCGCCGACCUCAGCGGGCGUAUACCCUGGAGCCAGCUGGUUCCCUCGACUUUGCUUGUGGACGGACGCAUCGACACUCAGUUGGCGGGCAACUAUCUAUGUGGUCUGCGAUUCAGCUCGUCGACCGAUGUCACCGUCAUCUCGAUCAGCAGUCCCGAGAACCCCAAGCAGAGGGCCGGCUUCGACAAGCUGUUCAGCUACUUCCAGGACCGCAACCGAUACGGGGUGGUGGGCAAACACCCACUGCCAGCUGUCAAGGAUACCUACCUGAUUCCGAUUGAGGCCGGUUCGACCAAGAAGCCCGACUUCAUCGAGCUGUUGGAGAACAACACCCUCGAGGACCCAAUGCCCGAGCGGGUGCUCCUGGUAGUCUUCGCCGUCAAGACAGGCGAUUCGAACCCCCCCUCUGUCCAGCCUUCUCAUCCCACCAGCCAGGAGCCCGGUGCUUCUACCAGCCCUCUCACCACGGCUCCCCAGCAGCAGCAGCAGCAGCAGCAGCAGCAACAACAAUUCCUGACCCCGGCCCCCCCUCGCCAUUCCUCUCAAUUCACCCCCAGCCCAGCGCCAUCGUUUCCCGCCACGCCGCAGGCGCCCGUCCCCUACGGCCAGCAACCGCAGCAACCACCCGCAGCGGCCACCCAAUACCCCUCUUAUCCCCCUCCUCAAGCUUCCACCCACCAGGCUCCCUUCACAGGUCUGGCGGCAGCCAUCCAGGUCUUGGGUCCGCAGGCCGCUCAGUCCCCCGCUCUCCAGCAACUGCUGCAGCAGGCACCCAACGCCGACGUCUCUCAGCUGGGAGUGAUCAAGGAGAUCCUGCUACGCCGUCCAGAGGCCAGUUCAGAUUACAAGCUUCUGACGGACGAAUUAUUCAAGGUCACCGCGGCCAAUGGACAUGCUGGUGGAGGACAGCAGAACAACCGGUAGAAGGGAAAGCUUAGAUAUAUGCUGUAUAGUACUUCAUCUUUCUUUCCUUUUUCUUUUCUCCUCCUCUCCAUCCUCUUCAUUCGCCGCAUCACCUUCCCCUUUCCUCCCUUCCUUACCUUCUCAUUUCAGUCUCAUAGUUGGAACUUGGU